AUGGAAAAAUGCAAACCAGAUGCUGUCAGUGACCACUUCACCCAGGGGGACCUCAAGCACAUAUUCCAGUUGCUUGAGGAGAAGAUAAUUGCCUUUGUGAAGAAUGAGCUAAAGAGAUUCAAGAAGAUUGUGAGUCCAGAUUACCGAGAAAACUUUAAUGAUAAAGAGCAGGAUGAGAGUGAUGCCAGAGAAGGGGCUCUCAAGAUGGCACUGCAUUUCCUGAGGAACAUGAAGCAGAAACAUAUCGCUGACAAACUGCAAGAAAAAGAAAAGCUUGAUGUGUUUGACUUGAAGAAGUACAUUAGGUCUGAUGAAUGUCUUUUAAGGCUGCAGCCAGUAGUGGAGGAAUCCCAAAAAGCCCUCCUGAAUAACUGCAGUAUUGGAGAGGAAGGCUUCAGAGCUCUUGCAUCAGCACUGAGAUCAAACCCCUCACACAUGAGAGAGCUGCAGCUGAGUGAGAAUAAAGCAGGAGACUCAGGAGUGAAGCAUCUUUCUUCUCUUCUGGAGGAUCCCAACUGUAAACUGGAGAAACUACACCUGUCAUACUGCAGUAUUGGAGAGGAAGGCUUCAGAGCUCUUGCAUCAGCACUGAGAUCAAACCCCUCACACAUGAGAGAGCUGCGGCUGAGUUAUGAUAAAGCAGGAGACUCAGGAGUGAAGCAUCUUUCUUCUCUUCUGGAGGAUCCCAACUGUAAACUGAGGACACUACACCUGGUGUGCUGCAAUAUAACAGAUGAAGGUUUCAGAGCUUUAGCAUCAGCACUGAGAUCAAACCCAUCAGCCCUCAGAAAGCUCUGGCUGAAUGGGAAUCAGCUUGGACCCUCAGCACAGCAGCUGUUCUCUGAACUGAAGAAACAUCCAAACUGUAAACAUCUACAAAUAUAUGGACUCUAAUGAAUCCAUCCCGUUGUGUUCCACCUGAAUCAUGUUUUUACACUGUGCAUAAAUAAGUGUUGUAGCACAUUCAUAUUUGAACUAAUAUGUUUUAAAGUGGCCUAUGUAAAUACGACUAUUGUAAGUAAUAUUGUAUAAAGGAUGUUUUGAA